AAGCCCUUGAGCCGUCAGUCUCACGCUCGUCUUUCCACAGCCGCCACACGGCUGCCGAGGUCGAUUUCGCCGUUCUUCCUUCUACUACGAAACCACAACCAGCCUACUCUGAUUAGUGGAGGCACAUCUGUUAUCGAUUGCUACGCACAACGGAGACGGCUUUUCAGCUGCGGCACUGUGACGAUGAACGACAUCAGCAACAUCUACUACGGACCCCUUCCGGAGGAUUCGCCGUACGUGAAACCGUUCCGCUUCCACUACACGCAGAACGGGAAGGAGAAGUCGUGGGACUUGCUAAAAGUGCACGAUUCCGUUUCGAUAGUCGUCUUCAACACCAGCAGGCAGAAGUUGGUGCUGGUGAAGCAGUUUCGACCAGCGGUUUAUCACGGGUUGGUCAGUGCGGAAGCGGGAGCUGAUGGGCGAAGUAUUGAUAUGGUCAAAUAUCCUCCCAGCUUGGCGGUCACCCUGGAGCUGUGCGCCGGAAUCGUAGACAAACCGAUUCCACUGGCAGAGAUAGCAAGGGAGGAAGUGUUGGAAGAAUGCGGAUACGAUGUCCCCGUCGAACGGCUGGAGCAAAUAAUAAGCUACCGAUCGGGGGUUGGUACAUCGGGAGCAUUGCAGGUGAUGUUCUACGUGGAAGUUACCGACCAGGAUAAGGUUGCUUCGGCAGGAGGAGGCGUCGGCGAUGAGAUUAUCGAAGUGGUGGAAUUUAGCUUGGAAGAGGCAGCAAAGCUGCUGGAAAAAGGAAGUGUACUGACUAGUCCACCAGCAUUCCUGUUUGGAGUUCUUUGGUUCCUGACCAAUCGAGCACCAAAGGCUUGAUUGUAAAACGAAGGGUUUUAUUAGUUUUCAUUUGUUAACUGUUAGACGUUGAAUAAAAUAAGGGCAAUAGUUUUUUGCCGAACUCAUUUCAAUUCAA